UAAAAGGACUGUCACUCGAGGUCGAUUUUCUCCAUUCGCCCGAUUGCUCCGUCUCCGGUUUUGUUUACGUUAGAACUGCAUUCGUUGUAAUUUCACCCAUUAGUAUUUCUUACAACAAUAUUCGAAGUUUUUGACAAUUUUUUGAAUGUUUAUCGGUGAAGUGAUAAUGACAAGUGUUUUCCAUUGUUGAUAACUUUUUUUACCGACGUUUUUUCGGUGAUUUUGAGGCUAUAAUGGCAGAGGAAGGAAAGAAAAUAUCUUUUGGGUUUUCCAAGUCCAUCAAAAAACCGGUUUUGAAAAAUGUUAAGGAACCGGAAGUUAAGAAAAUUGAUUUCAUCGAGUGUCUUGAUGAUAAAUCAAUCAUAGUCAUUGGAGGUGAAGAGAAAAAGGAUGAGCCCCUGGUGAUUCCCAUGCUGGGAUCCAGAACCUGGCACGACAGAAUUGUUAACAAAGUCGAUGCAGAUAUUUUCGAGCCCAAAGUGAAAAACGGAGAGAAUGGAGAGAAUGCUGAGGAGAAGGGCUCAGGGGGCUCUGGAGUCCCCAAUGGAAAAGCCUCGAGUAAUGAGGUCCCAAUAGAUGCCUCAGGGAUCAAGAAGGAACCUGACGAGGAGAAGCCUGUGUCCUUGGAGGAACAGGCUGCCCAGGAGAUUCUAAAUGAUCUGGGAAAGGAUAUCAAAGUCGAACCGAAGGAUUUCACACUGCCCCUCCAAGAUAGUGAUAAUUUGAAGGGCCAACGUGAGCCAACUUUAGACGAUUAUGAACAAAUUCCUAUAGAGUCCUAUGGGUUAGCAAUGCUGCGAGGAAUGGGUUGGAAACCAGGAAAAGGUCUCGGUAAAAAUGGAAAUCUUGUGGAGCCAAAGAUACCUGAACUGAGACCUCGAGGAAUGGGUCUGGGAGCAGACAAGGCAGUACUCAAAGCCAAGAAUGUGGUGAAUAAGACGAAGGAGCAAGAGCAUUUGAAAUUAAUUGUUGGAGCAUUUGUUAAAAUACUCGCAGGGAAGCACAAUCAUCAAUAUGGGGUAUUGGAGGGUUUGGAUGAGGACUCUGCUAGACUCAUUGUCAAAUUAACUAUCGGAGGGGAAUCAGUAUCACUCAAUGAGUGUUUAGUGGAACCUGUGACGCAGGACGAGUACACGAAGAAUUCAAAAGUUUUGACCUUUCGAUUGGCCCUGGCCCAACUCUCAGUUGGCACCGAUAAAUCCUCGAACAUUCAGAAUGCGGUGUCUUACAUAAAGCAGGCAAAACAGCAGCUAGCGGAUAUCGUCGUUCUCCCGGAGUGUUUUAACUCGCCUUAUGGCACCCAGCAUUUCGAAAAAUAUGCGGAAGUCAUCCCUGGGGGUGAAACCAGCGCUGCCUUAUCGAAGGCAGCUAAAGACAAUGGAAUUUGCGUCAUUGGGGGGACUAUUCCGGAGAGAGAAGACGGUAAACUGUACAACACCUGCACAGUCUGGGAUACCGAGGGCCAAUUGAUCACGAGACAUCGGAAAAUGCACCUCUUCGAUAUCGAUAUUAAGGACAAAAUAACUUUCUUCGAGAGUGAAACGCUCUCCCCCGGAAAUGACCUCACUAUUUUCGAUUUCAAGGGCUGCAAAAUCGGUAUCGGGAUAUGCUACGACAUCAGAUUCGAGGAGAUGGCGAAAUUAUACAGGAACAGGGGGUGCCAGAUGCUGGUGUACCCGGCUGCAUUCAAUUUGACCACUGGGCCACUGCAUUGGGAGCUACUGCAGAGGUCAAGGGCUAAUGAUAAUCAGUGCUACGUUGUUUGCGUCUCUCCGGCGAGAGGCGUCGGGCCUGGCUACGUCGCCUGGGGGCACAGCCAGUUGACGAGCCCCUGGGCGAGAGUCCUCUGUGAUCUGGGGACUGGGGAGAAGCUGCAAGUUGCUGAAAUUAAUCUCGAAGAAGUUGAAGAAGUCAGAAGUCAAAUCCCCAUAUCCAAACAGAGACGAACAGAUAUUUACGACACAAUCGACAAAAAAUACAACAUCUAAUGAUUUCAAUUGCACCAAAGAUGAAAAAAAAAAUCACCAAGGGAAAAAUAAAUUUCAAUAACUGAACAAAUAAAAAAGGAUGAACUUAUUCAAUAAAUUUAAAACAUCUUUAUUAACUUUCAGUUAAAUAACGUAAUAAAAAAUCUAUUUUGAAAUACA